CGAGUACGUCACUGAACAGAGCCAGAGCCAGUCUGCUCGUAGUCUCGUAGUCUCACUGCACCCACUGACGAGGAAGCAAGCAUCUGCAGCUGUCUCUGAUCGACUUCAGUCUGACCUGAAAUAACAAUCACUUCGGUGAAGCCCCAUUCAUUUGCAUUCCGCCGCUGUCAAGAAUAACGAUCUCACUCGUACUUUCUAAAACGCCUACUGCUGAAGAAGCGGCGAAAACCACCUGCAGCUGAACGGUAGAUGAUCUGUCGUUGUUGCAAGCGAUCUCAUUUGCAUCUCUCGCUGGUGGUUGACAUCAGGAACGACCAGACACCGAACAGGGAGGUCGGAGAAGGCUCCAACGCCGUUAUUUCUGUAAAGGUGGACCAACAGUUCAAGAAGCCCUGAUGAUGUGUGCGUUCAUGACACCAGUUCUCAAGAAUGACUGGGAGGUCUACAAAACGAAGCGUUCCAGAAACAAUUCGGAAAGUUCCGCUGUAACAGUGCCCACCGGCCAUCGCUCGCGGCCCUCGCACGUGCGGAAGCGGGGUAUAGGGGAAACGGGGAGGAGCUUCUCGUACCACGCCCCCGGUGGGCAUGCGAGAGGCGAGAUGAUGUACGUGGGCUCCCCGCCUCGUGCCUACCAUAUGUCCCACAAGAACUCGAGGUACGCGUCGAGAACGUCCAUGGACCCCAUUUCGCCAGGCGCCAUGAGUCCUCCCAAGAGCCCAACUGGAACGAAAAAUGAUGGACCGACAAAAAGUCCAUCCUCAGCGUCCCUUUCGAAAUUCCAUAAUAAGGUGAUGGACAAGCUGAAGAGUGUCCUACACCUGAAGGAAGACAGCAGCCAGGACGAGGGGCAAGAGGAUACCAGAGGGCAGUCAUGAAGAACGGAGAAUGAAGGGACCAGAGCACCCAGGCGGCGAAGAACCGUCAGCAGCAGAACCUUACACGACGAAGCCUUGUGAUGGCCAAGAACUUCGAAACCAAAACCCAAAAAAAAAGAUAGGAGGAGGUUCUGCCGAAGAUAAAAAUUGAUAAAGAUGAAGAGUUACAUGGUGGAUGAAUUGGGUGAUUUUAGCUGGAC